CGAAUAUUCGAAAUUUCAAAUAUGAAUCGAAUGUUUGCGAUAAUCGGUUCGUAUUCGUAUUCGAAAAUUUGAUGUUCGAGUUUUCGAAUAUUCGUAAAUGUUCGAAUAUCCGAUUUUUUAUUUUUUUUUCGGAUAUUGUUGCAGCUUAUUACAAAGGUGUUGCGGGUUGCGCGCGAGAACUUGUACGUUGCAGCAACAGCGACGAACAUGUUUAGUAGAAUAACUGCAAAGCGAGGCGCGUAGUUUUCGAGGUGGCUGCACGUUCGGUAACCGAAACCGAAACUAGUACGCGGUUGUGUGCAGCCGCCAUUUUAAAGUCCGCCCGUGCCAAACGCGAAACCGUGGUACGCUUGAUGCAUCGCCAGUACAGUUGCGGAUUUAGUGGAUUGCCAACGAACUCUGAACACUUGCGUUAGGCCUACGGUUCGAUGAAAUUCCGGUUAAAUAUUGAUUUCUUUUCUUUCUUUUGUAUGAUAAAAGUGCCAACAAGGACGUCAAUAACGCUGCAAAGACAUUUGAAACUGCACUAACUCUUGUCACAGAGGAUAGCAAGACGAAUAUAGCCUUAAAGCUCGACCCGCAUGGAGCGAUUUUGCUCGCGACUCGCGAGUUUUUUUUAGCGCGCGCGCAGAUUUCCGCUGUGAAAUGAAAGAAGCGCCGAACACGAACGUGUGCGGAGGUUGCGGACACAAUCACUCGUGAUGAGCACAGCCAUAUAACAACGUCGAGGAUCGCGGCUUUACUGCGCGAAUCAAUGAGGUUGUUCUAAACCAUGCAUUACCGUCAGGAACGAGGGACUCACGCGUGACUUCACGCGUGAGAGCAGAGUGAAACCGCGCGCAGUUUCUCGCCUACACGGCAAAUGCGGAAGGCAUUGUCAGAGCAAGAAGAGAGCACUAGCCACCUUCAUUUUCCUUCCGAGACGUGCUCAUCGCUAAACCAUCCCACAUUCUGAACAUACGUCAUUUGCCCUUCACUUUCAAUCUGUCUGUCUCACUAACACCGUUACAAUGCCAACACAGGUGUUCACUGUUCAUGAAAGAUUUUUGAAGUGCAAGCUGCUUUUAUGGUAUUCAGCUUGCCUCAUGAGAACAGCACAUUGUUUCGUUGUAAAAAGAAUGUUACUGUACAUAUGCAUAUAGGCACGUACGCCCUAUGCUAAGCCAUUACAUUACAUUAAUACAUACUCAGCACUUGGGGCAUUUUUCUAAUGAUAUAAUGAUCAGCAGAAGGCAAGUGACCAUGCUCAUGCUUGUUUUCGGGACUUAAUUGUUACUCUUAGAAGCCUUUAUCGUACGACGUUGUACUCGAUAUUCGAAGGACAAUUUUGCUGAUAUACGUAAUCGAAAAUUUCAAUAUUCGCACACCUCUAAUGGUUUCUCAACCCCUUUAUGGAUCAAUGCAGAGCAGAUGCGUUGUGUCUUGUAUGCAAGCGUUCAUCCUUCAGAUAGUUGCAUAAGACUAUAUGUUUGUGCCUGAACAAACGUUGUGGUCUUGUGACUCCCGAAAUGCGUGGCUUUGCAGGCGACAGUUGGAGCCCAUCCGUGCUGCAGGAGGGAAUAACAAGGCGUAGUAGCAGCAAAGGGGACACUGGUGCCUAUGGGACUCCCGUGGCCAAGGAUGACAUUAGUGCAAUUAAGGACGGCAAUACCGUGUCAACCUGUGCCGUAGAAGCCAACUGUGCAGAUGGCACGGUACCGCUACAGAAGGAAAUGGGCCUCUUCGGUGGCACGGCCUUGAUCAUCGGGUGCGUCAUUGGUUCUGGUAUCUUCGUGACCCCGUCUGUGGUGUACCGAGAGGCCGGUUCCGUUGGAAUGGACCUGGUGAUCUGGGGUCUGGGUGGCCUCAUCUCAUUCAUAGGUGGCCUAUGCUACGCUGAACUGGGAAGCCUCCUGCCGGCGUCUGGAGGGGACUACGCCUACUUCUGUGCUGCUGGCAAGGUUCUGCCUAUGGGCUCCGGAAUGGGUGCCUUCCUCUCUGCCUGGGCCCAGUUCACUGUCACCGAUCCCUUAGGGGCAGCCACACAAGGCCUUGCCUUUGCCAGUUACGUGCUGCGGCCGAUCUACCAUACGUGCAACCCACCUUACUUAGCUGUAAUCCUCGUAACCGCGACCUUCAUCGGACUGACGACAUUCAUCAACUGCAUCUCGACGAAGGUGUCGGCACAAGUGCAGGAUCUCCUGUCUUCUAUUAAGUGCCUCGUACUGAUUUCCAUAAUACUUACAGCAGCGGUAUUAUCUUACAGAGUGAACCAUCUAACGGACGUCCCGUUGUUCGCAAACACGAACAGGGAUCCUGGUCGCAUCACUCUAGCCAUCUAUGGAGCAUUAUUUUCCUAUUCCGGGUGGAAGUCCGUGAAUUUAGUCGCCGCCGAAAUGACGGAUCCUCAUCGCCAGUUGCCCCGAGCCAUAGCGGCGGGUCUUCUUACCGUCACAGUCAUCUACAUCCUCACUAACGUGGCGUACUUCAUCUGCCUUGAUGGACAAGAGAUGCUGAGAUCGGAAGCUGUGGCUGUGUCCUUCGCCCAAGCUACCUGGGGCGUCAAAGCGACCAUCCUUGUACCUAUCUUUGUUUCAAUCAGUGUCUUCGGUUCUGCCUGCGCAGGCUCGUUUUGCAGUUCGAGAGUUGUACUAGCCGCCUCAAGACAAGGACACUUGCCACAAUUCUUGUCCAACGUUCAUGCUGAGUCGGCCGUACCACUUGCGUCGACUAUCGUACGAGGCUUUCUCGGAGUAGUCUAUGCCAUCUUCGCGGGAAGCCUAGAUGCCCUCAUCGAAGCCGGCGUUUUCAUCGACAGCAUCUUCGACGUCCUCGGCGUUGUCAGCCUGUUCGUGCUGCGCCACACCAUGAAGGAAACUCCGCGAGCAUAUAAGGUUCCAAUUGUGCUCGCAGUCGUGCGACUUCUGAUCGCCAUGGGGCUGGUGGUAAUUCCUCUUGUGAGCGCUGCUAGAUACACUCCCUACAUUCUAGUGCUGCUCCUUCUAGAGGCAGGAAUAAUCUACUACUGGCUUUUCGUUGACCUGAAGCUUCGACUGCCUGGUUCGGAUGCCUUCAACGUCUUUGUGCAGAAAGUGCUAUUUUCCGCACCGUGUGCAAAUGAACUCGAAGAUAUCCUGGCGGUGAACAAGGUGCUCUGAAUGGUCUGGCGAUGUGCAAAGAUUGAUUGAACAAGUAGUUACCCCUGUCGCUCUCGAACAAGCUUUACUCGGUGCUCAAGGAGGGGCACCAAAAGAUAGCCACAAGCGGCAGCUCUGUCGAUGCCUGUUGGCCCCGUGGGUCAUAUACACAGACUAUUGAGGUGAAUAUGACAGGGUACUUGGUACAAAAUCUGUUUUUCCACCUGGCCAGUCUAGGUUAGUGUUUGAUGGGGGGUAGGAGUGGUGGUGAUCACACUUUGCCUUCAAAUUCAAUGCACAGUAACGUAAGAUGAAGGCAUACAUGAACAGCAAUAAAGUUGUUGUUGUUGAAGGAAAAUAUGAUUACGAAGUACACGUAUAUUAAUGAAAGAAAGAAGUCACUGAAAAGGUUAAUCAGCUGUAGGACUCGAACCCACAUCUUCUGGGUAAUAAAUCCAGAAGAUGUGAAUUCCAGUCCUACAGCUGGCUAACCUUUUCAGUGGCUUCCUUCUUUCAUCAUUAAUUUCUUAGGCACUUGAGGCUUUGUAUGUAUUUGUCCGUUCUAUGUGUUUCACACUCUUAAAAAAAGGGUGUACUUUAACUCAUUUCCUUGCCACA